GCAGAUCGCUCGAGCACCUCCACUCGAGACACCUUAGCUCUGCCUCGCGGGAAUGAAGCUCUUUCGUGUUCUGGUUUUCUCUUUCCUUCUCUUUCGCGCCUUGUGCGCGAGGGCGGUAGAAGCUGAGGACAAAAACUCUGAAGAAGAUAAAGAAGAGACAGAGACUGAGCCCGAGAGAAAGGAGAAGACGGAUGAAAUAACGGAGGAAAAGGACGUCUUGGUCCUUCAUAACAAGAACUUCGCAAGGGCCCUCAGCGAGAACAAAUACUUGCUUGUGGAAUUCUACGCUCCAUGGUGCGGCCACUGUCGCAGACUUGAGCCAAUUUAUGCCGAGGUGGCGGGGCAGCUGAAGAGCGAAUCUUCUCUGGUUCGCUUGGCCAAGGUUGAUGCGACCGAGGAGCCAGAGCUCGCCGAAGAGUUUGACGCCGAUAGCUUUCCGACACUUAAAUUCUUCAACGACGGCAUCAGGCAAAACGCAACGGAUUUCACAGGAAAGCGCACUGCGAAGGGCAUCAAAAAGUGGCUGCAGCGACGUCUGGGCCCCAGUGCAGUUAUUCUGAACGGCACUCAAGACGCACAGCGACUACUCGACGCACACGACGUGGUUGUGGUGGGGUUUUUUGAGGAGCUAGGAGGAGAGGUGGCAAAAGUAUUUUGUGAUGUAGCAUUAAACAUAGCUGACUUUAACUUUGGCCUCACAAGCAGUCCAGAACUCUUUAAGAAGUAUGAAGUUCAGAAGGACACUGUAGUGCUCUUUAAAAAGUUUGAUGACAUGCGAGCAGACAUGCCUCUGUCCGAGGGCAAAUUGGACAAGGAUGAGUUGAUCACCUUCAUCCAGGCCAACAGUGUUGAACUUGUCAUUACUUUUAGUGAGGAGAAUGCUGAAAAGAUUUUUUCAUCUAAAAUCCAUAACCACCUCAUUCUGUUCAUCAACACAACCAUUGAAUCCCACAAUGCACUGCUUGAUGACUACAGAGCCACUGCCAGUGAGUUUAAAGAGAAAGUGCUGUUCAUUAAGGUAGAUGUAAACACAGAGGUUUCCCAUGUGCUGAAGUAUUUCGGUCUGAAUGCAAGUGAGGCCCCAGUACUCCGAUUCAUUAACACUGAUUCGGCAAAGAAAUAUGCCAUGGUGGAUAAGACCAUCAGCAAGGACACACUGAAAGCUUUCUGCCAGGGUGUCCUGGAUGGCACAAUCAAGCCCCAUUUGAUGAGCCAAGAGAUUCCAGAAGACUGGGACAAGAAUCCAGUCAAAGUGCUUGUGGGGAAGAACUUUGAACAAGUUGUCUUUGAUGAGGCCAAGAACGUCUUUGUGGAAUUUUAUGCACCUUGGUGCAGCCACUGUAAGGAGCUCGCCCCAGUGUGGGAAAAGCUGGCAGAAAACUACAAAGACCAUGAGAACAUUGUCAUUGCAAACAUGGACGCCACAGCCAAUGAGGUUGAGGCAGUGUCUGUGCAGGGUUUUCCUACCUUGAAGUUCUUCCCAGCAGAGACUGAAAGGAAGGUCAUCGAUUACAAUGGCAAGCGGGAUUUGGAAACUUUCUCUAAGUUCCUGGAUAAUGGCGGAGUAUUGCCGGAGGAAGAGGACGAUGAGGAUGAAGAUGAGGAAGAGGAGGAACAGGGAAGCAGUGAUAAAGAGGAGGCCUCAAGUGAGUCAUCAGAAAAGACUGAGAAAGACAUGAACGAAUCCAGCAGCAAAGAUGAGCUUUGAAAAUCAACUCAGGAAUUAGCUAAGUGCUGAAUCAGAUCACUGAAUCACCUCAGUGUAAACUGUUUUAAUACAUAAUCCUUACAGUGUGAAUCAUUUCACUCAGCACUGAAUUUAAAUAUGAAUGAACAUCAUAGAGUAAAAUGAUUAAAAUAAGAUCACUGUCAAAAUACAUACAGAGAUACAUUUAUUGCAGAAAAGUACAGCAUAAAAAGAGAGAUAUUAAUUGACAGAUGCAAAUGUACAAUCAUGUAAAACAUACAUUAUCCUGUUGUAGGUGAUCCAGUUUUUGGUUUUGUAUGUAAUACUUUGUAUGCAGUGUCAUACUCUCCUGUUAAUGUGAUG